CCAAAGCUCUGUACCAGAGCGUGUCUGACCCUGUGUUGUCUCUGUCCCUCUGUGUCGCAUCUUAACCCUCAUCAUGGCCCCCAAGAAGAAGGAAGAGCCCAAACCAGUAGCUGCCCCUAAGCCCCCAGAGCCUGAACCCCCUAAGGAGCCUGAGUUUAACCCCGCUGAAGUCAAGGUUGAAUUUACUGCUGAGCAGAUUGAAGAUUUCAAGGAUGCGUUCCAGCUGUUUGACAGGACGCCAACAAAUGAGAUGAAAAUCACCUACGCUCAGUGCGGUGACCUGAUCCGGGCUUUGGGUCAGAACCCCACAAACGCUGAAGUCAUGCAUGUCCUUGGCAAACCCAAAGCUGAAGAAAUGCAUGUGAAGAUGUUGGAUUUUGAUCAGUUCCUACCCAUGCAUCAGCACAUCUGCAAGGCUAAAGACCGUGGAACCUUUGAAGACUUUGUAGAGGGUCUGAGGGUAUUCGACAAGGAGGGCAAUGGAACAGUAAUGGGUGCUGAGCUCAGACACGUCCUCGCCACUUUGGGUGAGAAGAUGAAGGAAGAUGAGGUGGAGCAGCUGAUGGCUGGGCAAGAAGAUGCAAACGGCUGUAUAAACUAUGAGGCUUUUGUAAAACAUAUCAUGGCUGGUUGAACAGAUUAUCAAGACACAUCGAUCGAGGAUACAGAAUGAUGUCAGUUGUUUGUUUUCUGUUCGUUUGUUUUUAAUGUGUUUUGUUUUUUCAAAAGCCCAUGCGUUUGUCCACUGCCAUGGGUCCACUGACAUGAUCUGUCUCCGUCCAUCUUUCAAACGUUCCUUUUUAUAUGGCACCACAGUCUGUUUCGCCUAAAGUGACUCCAUCAUUCAUCACGCCUGUUCUUUUUGUGAAUCAAAAGUUCAAUAAAUUAUUAAAUGUCAUGCUUAAUUUAAA